AUGCGUACAAAUCCGUGGACUCAUUCGGUAUCGUUGGAGAGUGUUAAUGCAGCGACUUAUACACAAUCUAUAGCCCUCCUAGAACCACAGUUACGCGAGCUAGAAUAUGAUAGGCAAAUUCAUCAGCUUCGGCAACCGGGUGCUGGGCUUCUGGUGUCUUUCAACUCUGUAUUACUGGGACUUGCAAUUGCCGUGUUCCCGAGCAACGAUCCGGCCGCUAAAGAGACCAAAAUAUUUCAGCAAGUCUUGGAAGCUACGGUAGACCCCGGAGUGAACAGGGAAUACCUGCUAAAGCCACCUGCUGAGUUGGACAAAGCACAGCAGAUUGCUGCUCAACGUGAGCAUAUCCGCGGAAAUGCAACCGGAAAUACCCGCCUCAAGAACCGAACUACGUGCAGCUUCUAUUGGCGGCUGAUGACCGUACAAACCGAGGUUGGGAUAUGUGUCAACAAUCCACAAACGGCCAUUCGGUCCGACUAA